AUGAGUGUUCUAAGCUGGAACUGUCGAGGUAUUGGUCUGCCCUCAAAGAUUCAGUUCCUUAAAGACGUUGUACGUCAACAAAGACCUGAUUUUAUAUUUCUGUGUGAGACUAUCGAUAAUAAAAAUAAAAUGGAGAGAGUAAGAAGGGCAUUACGGUUUGAUGGCCUAAUUUCAGUAGAUGCUGUUGGUAAGAGUGGGGGUUUGGCGUUUUUGUGGAGGCAUAAGGAUCAGGCUCAGCUUCGUAGUGAAUCUCGAAACCAUAUUGAUAUGGAAAUAAAUAUGAAUGGCAAAGAUAGAUGGAGGUUAACUGGAGUUUAUGGAGAGCCGGAUAGAAAUCAACGGAGGAAAACAUGGGAUCUUCUUCGAACGUUAGCAAGAGAUUCGAAUCUGCCUUGGUGUACUAUAGGAGAUUUAAACAAUGUUUUGUCUCAAGAAGACAAGAAUGGAGGUGCACCUUAUCCUAGCUGGCUGAUAGAUGGAUUUAACGAAGUUCUGGUGGACGUAGAGUUGAUAGACAUGGAUCUUGUGGGACACCAAUUUACGUGGGAAAAAGGGAGAGGAACUACAGCAUGGACCGAGGUAAGGUUGGACAGGGCAUUGACAACAAUGACGUGGUUGAAUAUGUUUCCGGUUGCCAAGUUGUACAAUCUGGAAGGAUCAUCAUCAGAUCACAGCCUGAUUUUGUUAACUCCGGAGGGUAAUACUAAGGCUGGGGUAAGACAGAAAUUUAGGUUUGAAAAUGCUUGGUUGACAGAACCAAUGUGUAAGCAAUUGGUGGAAGAAAGUUGGGGUCCUGAGAGUAGUGAAGAUAUUCAGAUAAAAAUCAAAACUUGUGGUGAAACGCUUCAACAGUGGGGUAAGGAAAUUACUAGCAGGUUUGGGGAUAGAAUAAAAAUUGUAAGAAGGAAAUGA